UGCCAUUUGGGCAGUGGUAGUAGUUCUGGGACAGUAGAUACGAGUAUUUAAAUCAGUUGGGCUGAGUUUUCCUAAAAUGCAACAUUUUACUCUACGCGUUCGUCGAUUUUAAUGCCGCGAAGUGUAAAUUUUUUGUGCACGUGAUGCUGUACCUAGGUGAUUUUAUAAAAGUGUUGAAUAAAAUAAAAGAGAUGGAAGAUACUUGAACUUUUAAAAUUUUUAUUUUGCACGUACUUACUAUUUUGUAUGUGAUCAACUAAAUUUAUUUAAGCACCAAUCAAUAGUGUGUUUUCUUGGUUAGUACCUAUGGAGCAACAGUUUCAUUGAUGAGAAACAUUUCAGAGAAAAAGAGUGAUAGCUAUACAUACGUCAGCAUCUAUACUGGUACCUAGUGGUACAGGUACUCGGAACAGUAUUAUCAUUAAGUUGUAAUGGGUUUAUCUCAAGAAAACAUUGUAUUCGUCGCGUUCAUCGAUAUGAAUAUUACAAAGUGUUAUUUUUUGUAUACGUGAUCGAUGAUUUUAUAUACAGGCGUUACCUAAUUAAAAUAAGAACGAUGAAAAACUAUGUGUUUUUUUCAAUUGUUAUUUCGCUAUUGUGGAUGAAUGUGGAAGCUGACUCUCGGAGUACACCGAAACCUCCGAAUUGCCCGAAUAAUGCCACCGAAUGCGCUCCACAAUUUAGUAAUAAUUUGACAUCGGGCGCAAUACGAGAAUUUAGCGAGCUGAAGGAAAAUGCUGAGCAGGAAUUCAUAUGUCCGCAAGCUUACGGUAAUCCCACUCCAAAUAUCACGUGGUACAAAAACAACAUCAGAUUGAACGAAUCUAAAUCUAGGUGGACUGUUUACAGUUUAAAAUUUGAUCAAGAUCAAGGAAAUUACACAUGCGUUGUGUGCAACGGAUUAGGAUGUAUUAAACACACCUUUCGAGUAUCCAUCAAAAGAGAAGGUGGAAUUCAAUUCGACUUUUCAAAGAAUGACCUGAGGAUAGAUGAUGGUCCAAAAAAUGCUACUAAAAAAAUUGGAGAAAAGUAUGAAUUGAAAUGCCAACAUAACGCUCCUUUAGAUAAGCCUAAUGGUCUUCCCAGAAUUGAAUGGUUUUAUGGAACUUCUGAUCCAGUUGACCCUGACAAAGGACCUAAUGAUGAUCAAUAUAAGACGCGGCAGGACAACGAAACUACAAGGGCAUUGGUCACGAGCACACCUGAGGUUUAUAUCAAAAGCGAGAACCAAACAGGAUGGUACACUUGUGGAGUAAUCACGCGAGAAAAACCUGUAUAUAAGUCUGCAUUUUUGAAAGUUGAGCCCAAAGAUGUUGAAAAUCCAAUCGUCCUGCUAUCCUUUUCAGGAGGUAUUAUUUUAGCCUUAUUCCUUGCCACGGUUGUCCUAAUCUCAUAUCACAAAUUUAGGAAAAAACAUCCUAAUCCUUCAACUGAUAUGAUGCAUUACAUUUCAAAAGUUAUUGUCGAAAUAGAGAAUCUCAGUUCUGGUUCUAACUUUGAUGAACUCAAGAGUAAAAUAAUUGUCCGCAUUGUUAAAAUUCCGGCUCCUAGGGGUUUUGAUAUCGAGAAAACCCCUCAAUGGUACGAAUUUCCAAAAGAUGAAAACUGGGAUUUUCCUAGAGAACGUCUUCAAUUAUUGUCACCUGAAAACCCUCUUGGUCAAGGGAAUUUUGGCAUAGUGUACAAAGCAGAGGCUUAUGGAAUUGGUGGAUCCGAAACGUGGACCCCUGUUGCAGUGAAGAUGCUGAAAGGAGACGGAUGCGAUGAUGAAGCUGUGAAAAAUUUCGUACUCGAAACAGAAAUAAUGAAAGCAAUCGGCAAACACAAGAAUAUCGUCAAUUUACUAGGUGUUUGUAAGCAUGAGGGUAAGAUGAUGGUUAUAAUGGAAUACGCAGCUCGAGGAAGUUUAGAAACUUUGCUUAGAACUCAAAGUCACGUGGUUGGUAACUGUGGAGGUUACGCCAUUUUGGGGAAUAAUUUGAGCGAAUUGACAUUACUCGGAUAUGCUCUUCAGAUUGCCGAAGCUAUGGAAUUUCUGGCCGCGAAAAGGUGUAUACAUCGAGACCUUGCUUCACGUAACGUACUAAUCACUGAAGAUUACGUGAUGAAGGUUGCUGACUUCGGAUUAGCUAGAAAUGUGCAUGAAAAUUAUUAUUAUCGUUCUACAACUGCAUGCGAACUCCCUUUCAAAUGGAUGGCUCCAGAGGCGUUGUUUCAAAAAAAAUACACGACGAGAUCAGAUGUUUGGUCCUUUGGAAUCACCCUAUACGAAAUGAUGUCCCAAGGAGCAGAACCAUAUACUGGGUUGACUGUCGACCAAGUAGUACAAAGAGUAAGCGAAGGUUUUCGCUUGGAUAAACCUGAAUUGUGCUCAAAUGAAAUUUAUCAACUAAUGCUAGAUUGUUGGAGCUACCUUCCUGAAGAACGACCAACCUUUACCGAAAUUAAAGAACGACUGGUUGAACUGAUCAAUAAUAUGGAACAAGUACCAUAAAAUGUUCAAAUGGACUCCUCCAGUUCGGAAAGUGAAGAAGAACAGCUCGAAUCUUCGUUGUAUGUACAACGCCCCUCUGAUAUAAGUCAGAGUAUGCUGAAAGGUUGUUACUUGUUAUGAAGACAUUUCGUUCCAUGUUUCAUCUUCAGAACGAUAACAUUAUUCUAUUUUUGAAGAAGUUAAAAAAAAACAGCUACAGGAAAAAAUUGAUCAAUAACAUUAUGAGUAGAUAGGGAAAGACUAUGAUAUUUUAAAAUCA